GCUGAAACUCUCGAACGAGGAGAUCAAACGAGCGAUUUUGACGAUGGACGAGCAGGAGGACCUCCCGAAAGACAUGCUGGAGCAGCUCCUGAAGUUUGUUCCUGAAAAGGGUGACAUUGACCUCCUGGAAGAGCAUAAGCACGAGCUCGACCGUAUGGCCAAGGCUGACCGGUUCCUCUUUGAAAUGAGCAGAAUAAACCAUUAUCAGCAAAGGCUGCAGUCCCUCUACUUCAAGAAGAAGUUUGCAGAAAGAGUUGCAGAAGUCAAACCCAAGGUGGAAGCCAUCCGCGCCGGCUCCAAGGCAGUGCUGCAGAGCAGCAGCCUCCAGCAGCUGCUGGAGGUGGUCCUGGCCUUCGGGAACUACAUGAACAAAGGCCAGAGGGGCAACGCCUUCGGGUUUAAGAUCUCCAGCCUCAACAAGAUCGCAGACACCAAGUCCAGCAUUGACAAGAACAUCACCCUCCUGCACUAUCUCAUCACUAUUGUGGAAAAGAAAUAUCCCAAAGUCCUCCGCCUGCACGAGGAGCUGCGAGACAUCCCACAAGCAGCCAAAGUCAACAUGACUGAGCUGGAGAAAGAAAUAAACACUCUGAGGAGCGGCCUGAGAGCGGUGGAGACUGAGCUGGACUUCCAGAAGUCUCAGGUUCAGCAAACGGGCGACAAGUUUGUGUCUGUCGUCAGCCAGUUCAUCACAUUAGCCAGCUUCAGCUUCUCGGACGUUGAAGAUCUUCUGAUGGAAGCGAAAGAGCUGUUUUCCAAGGCUGUGAAGCACUUUGGAGAAGACACAGAUAAAAUGCAGCCCGAUGAGUUCUUUGGCAUCUUUGACCAGUUCCUUCAAGCCGUGACUGAGGCCAAGCAGGAGAACGAGAACAUGAGGAGGAGGAAGGAGGAGGAGGAGCGCCGGGCACGCAUGGAGGCACAGCUGAAGGAGCAGCGGGAGCGGGAGCGCAAGGCGAGGAAGGCGAAGGAGAGCGGGGAGGAAGGCGGUGAAUUCGACGACCUCGUCUCGGCCCUGCGCUCGGGCGAAGUUUUCGACAAGGACCUCUCCAAGCUGAAGCGCAACCGCAAGCGCAUCGCCAACCACUGA